GUUAAGGAAAGGAACUCGGGAAGACAAUAGAAGCCAAAAUGGCGAAUGAAACAAGAAACCGACGACUUCACAGAGAACUUCAACAAUUAACACUGAACGCUUUACCGGGGAUUGGUGUGAAUGAUGACACUUCAACUAGCCUUGAAACUUGGAUUGUUAAUCUUCAAGGCGCUGCAGGAACUCUUUAUGAAGGCGAGACAUUCAAACUACAGUUCAAAUUUCCGGCUAAAUAUCCGUUUGAUUCACCCCAGGUGAUCUUUGUAGGUUCCGAGAUUCCUAUUCAUCCACAUAUAUAUAGCAAUGGCCAUAUAUGUCUAUCAAUAUUAACAGAUGAUUGGUCACCAGCAUUGUCUGUGCAAUCAGUUUGUUUGAGUGUCCUGAGUAUGCUGAGCAGUUGUAAAGAAAAGAAACUCCCACCUGACAAUGAAUUUUAUGUAAAAACCUGUUCAAAGAAUCCAAAGAAAACAAGAUGGUGGUACCAUGAUGACACAGUAUAGCUGCAUUGACAUUAUUGCUUUCAUGAAUUGAGAUUUAUUUAGGACAGCAAACAACUGUUGAAUAGCUUGUAACAGUC